AUGGGGAGAAAUAUCGGGUCUGUCCGGUCCAUUUUCAUGCAUGCCGACGCCGCAGAUUACUGUUUGAUGGCUUUUGGUUUGCUCGGAGCCAUCUGUGCUGGGCUUUAUAGGCCGACUCUUUUGUUUGUGGUCAACAAGAUUAUGAACAAUAUCGGCAGUGCCUCCACUUCCGGUGAUGCCUUCUCCCAUAAAAUCAAUCAGAAUGCCCUGAUACUGCUGUACAUUGCUUGUGGGUCAUGGGUGCCUUUUUUCCUUGAGGGUUAUUGCUGGUCAAGAACUGCCGAGAGACAAGCUAAAAGGAUGAGAAGUAGAUAUAUGAAAGCACUGUUGAGGCAGGACGUGGAGUAUUUUGAUUUGCAUGUGACCGGCACAGCAGAGGCCAUCAGUAGCGUCUCCGAGGAUAGUCUCGUGAUUCAAGACGUUAUUAGCGAAAAGGUCCCAAACUUGUUGAUAAACGCUGCAUCUUUUGUAGGGUGCUACAUAGUAGCUUUCGCUAUGCUGUGGAGGCUUGCUAUUGUAGGCGUUCCCUUUGUCGUUCUGCUUGUGAUUCCUGGUUUCAUAUAUGGACGUGCACUGAUGAACCUGGCCAGGAAGAUGAAGGAAGAGUACAGCAAGGCUGCCACAAUAGCAGAGCAGGCCAUCUCUUCUAUAAGAACUGUUUACUCCUUCGUGGGAGAGAGAAAAACUCAGUUUGCCUUCUCUGCAGCUCUGCAAGGCCCCUUUAAAUUGGGUCUGCGCCAGGGUGUGGCCAAGGGUUUGGUCAUUGGCGGCAAUGGGGUGGUUCUUGGAAUAUGGGCGUUCAUGUGUUGGUACGGUAGUAGAUUGGUGAUGUAUCAUGGCGCUCAAGGAGGAACCGUUUUUGCUACUGGGGCUGUCAUGGCCAUUGGUGGAUUAUCACUAGGCCCCGGAUUAUCCAACCUUCAGUACUUGUCGGAAGCAUGCACCGCGGGCGAGCGAAUAAUGGAGGUGAUAAAAAGGGUCCCAAAGAUAGAUUCUGACAACAUGGAAGGCCAAACCUUGGAAAACCUGUGUGGGGAAGUGGAAUUCAAGCACGUUCAAUUUGCAUAUCCGUCAUCCCCAGAGAUAACAAUCUUUAAAGAUUUCAGCCUCAAAAUCCCGACGGGCAAAAAGGUGGCGUUGGUGGGUAGCAGCGGGUCGGGAAAGUCCACAGCAGUAGCUUUGCUGCAGAGGUUUUAUGACCCCCUUGGUGGGGAGAUUCUGCUUGAUGGGGUCGCCAUUGAUAAGCUACAACUCAAGUGGCUAAGGUCGCAGAUGGGGUUAGUGAGCCAAGAACCAUCACUUUUUGCCACCACCAUUAAAGAGAACAUACUUUUCGGCAAGGAAGACGCUACCAUGGAAGAAGUAGUUGCUGCAGCCGAAGCUGCUCAUGCUCAUCAUUUUAUUUGUGAGUUGCCUGAUGGAUAUGAUACUCAAGUGGGGGAGAGAGGAGUUCAAAUGUCCGGAGGGCAGAAGCAGAGAAUCGCCAUUGCAAGAGCAGUCAUCAAAGCCCCGCGAAUACUCCUCCUAGACGAGGCAACCAGCGCUCUUGACUCCGAGUCCGAGCGAGUGGUCCAAGAGGCGCUUGACAGCGCUGCCCUUGGCCGCACAACCAUCAUCAUCGCCCACCGCCUGUCCACCAUCCGUAAUGCCGACAUUAUUGCUGUGGUACAGGAUGGUCACAUAGUAGAGACCGGCCCUCAUGACCAACUCAUCCAAAACCCCGCUGGACUCUACACUUCCCUGGUUAGCCUCCAGCAAGCCGAUCAGCCAUGGAAGGUUGCGACAUCCUUAACCCCCGCCACCUCCCUGUAUCUCCAUACCACUAGCAGCAACUCCACUCCCCCCAACUCCCCUUUACACAGCAUGCCCGCAGGAGAAGAAGCUGCCACUGUUACCUCGGACAUUCCAGUGCCGUCGUUCUGGAGACUGCUCGCAAUGAACCGUCCUGAGUGGAAGGAAGCCAGCAUAGGAUGUUUGAGCGCGGUUUUGUCCGGUGCGAUUCAGCCGCUCUACGCAUUCUCCAUGGGAUCAAUGAUAUCCGUAUAUUUCUUACCUGACCAUGAGGAGAUGAAGAAGCAUACCAGAAUUUAUUCUGUGUGUUUUUUUGCAUUGUUUGUGCUCUCGUUGCUGUCAAAUAUCUUCCAACAUUACAGUUUUGCUGCAAUGGGAGAGAAUUUGACAAAGAGAGUAAGAGAGAUGAUGUUCUCCAAGAUUCUUAGUUUUGAAGUGGGGUGGUUCGACCAAGACGACAACUCCACCGGUGCUAUCUGCUUCAGACUUGCCAAAGAUGCGACUGUGGUAAGAUCAUUAGUGGGUGAUCGAAUGUCACUUCUCGUCCAAACCUUUUCAGCUGUGACCAUCUCGGGCACAAUGGGUCUGAUCAUCGCGUGGAGAUUGGCUAUGGUCAUGAUUGCAAUUCAACCCCUCAUGAUUAUCUCAUUCUACACCCGAACGGUGCUACUCAAAAGUAUGUCUGCCAAGGCAAUCAAGGCCCAAGAAGAAAGCGGCAAACUCGCCGCUGAAGCUGUCUCCAACCUUCGCACCAUCACUGCCUUCUCAUCCCAGGCCCGAAUUCUUAAAAUGCUGGAGGUCGCCCAAGAAGGACCCAUACAGGAGAGUACACGCCAGGCCUGGUUCGCAGGAAUAGCUUUAGGAAUCUCCCAAAGUCUCUUGUCAUGUAGUUGGGCUCUUGACUUCUGGUACGGUGGCAAAUUACUCUCCCAAGGGUAUAUUUCAUCAAAAGCAUUCUUACAGACUUUUAUGAUCCUAGUUAGCACAAGUCGUGUCAUUGCGGAUGCAGGAAGCAUGACCAAUGACCUUGCCAAGGGCUUCGAUGCUAUUCGCUCCGUUUUUGCCAUCCUUGACCGCCUCACCCAAAUCCAACCUGAAAACCCAGAUAGCUACCAACCCGAAAAAAUAAGAGGUCAAGUUCAAAUUCAAGAAGUGGACUUCGCUUAUCCAGCUAGGCCCAACGCCUUUAUCUUUAAGGGUUUCUCAAUCGACAUAGAUCCUGGGAAAUCAACUGCAUUGGUAGGAGAGAGUGGGUCAGGCAAAUCAACCAUCAUUGGGUUGAUAGAAAGAUUCUACGAUCCCCUCAAAGGAAUUGUCAAGCUUGAUGGAAAAGAUAUAAGGACCUACCACCUCAGGGUCCUACGGAAACAUAUUGCACUAGUCAGCCAGGAGCCCAUAUUGUUCGCUGGCACCAUAAGAGACAACAUUGCCUAUGGCGCAUCAUCAGAUGAAAUCAACGAAUCAGAGAUCAUCGAGGCUGCAAGGGCAGCCAAUGCUCACGAUUUCAUCGUUGCACUCAAGCAUGGCUAUGAUACAUGGUGUGGUAGUAUAGGGCUACAAUUGUCUGGUGGGCAGAGGCAACGGAUUGCUAUAGCUCGGGCCAUUUUGAAAAACGCAGCAAUAUUGUUACUUGAUGAAGCAACGAGCGCACUAGAUAGCCAAUCAGAGACACUGGUGCAGGAAGCUUUAGAGCGUGUGACAAUGGGACGGACGAGCGUGGUGGUGGCCCACAGGUUGAGUACCAUACAGAAUUGUGAUUUGAUUGCCGUUGUGGAUAAAGGAAACGUGGUGGAGAAGGGGACCCACACAUCCUUGUUGGAAAAAGGCCCUACUGGGACCUACUACUCACUGGUGAACCGACAAAGGGGCCUAAUAUCACCAACAUAG